AAAUUAGAGAUUGGUUAAUUAGGGUUUAGGGAGGAAUUCUUUUUAUCUUAAAACUUUUUAAUACAUAUAUAUAUAUAAAAAACCCAGAGAUUUGUUUUUAUUUAUAUAAAUAAUUUUUAAUUAAUUACUGAAUUUUCCAGGGAGGAAACUCUUCAAAGGCUCCAAACUUUGACCAGGGUUCAACAACAAGCAGUAGAAUGAAUUGCAGACGACGUCCAUUUUACACCUGGGGAGUGUCCGCCAUUAAUAUCUCUCACAAAGCUUACGUAAAAGCUCAAGCCUUGAGCGAACCCUUGGGAUUAAUGGCGAAAUGGCUUCUAACAAUAAGCUUAAAUAUGGUUUCCUGUACUCUCCUUUGUUUGAAACAAUUCUGGUUAGCCGUAUUCUUCUUUGUGGAUGAUUGUAUCUUAGCACUCGAAAAUGUGGUUGAAAGGGUUUUCCCACCAUCCAAACAUGUUUUCGACAAGGUCGAUGAGAUUGUCCAAACCAUCGAAACCCUCCCUGGAAAAUUUGAUGACAUUUUAGACGAAUUCCCAGUGAUCAUCAAGCAAGUUCCAUUUCUGGAAUGGGGAUUAAGCCUUGUAAUCUCAUGGUUGAAGCUAUUAACUUCCAUAUUAACUCGUUGGGGUUCACGAAACACCAAGGAAAAAGAGAUUGCAGUCGACACAGCUUACGAGGAGGUCAUCAAUGGCAAUGUGCCAGUAGCUGAAACUGAGCAUAACGAAGCAAAGCUCCCCACAGAAUCCCCUAACAUUAGGCAUGACGAUAACAAAAAGCUUGUCGUUGACACAACUUACAAUCAGGUCAACGGUGAUGUAUCAGUAGCGCGAACUGACCGGAACAAAGCAAAACCCUCCACAGAAUCGAUUAAUGUUAGGCACGAUGAUAACAAAAAGCUUGUCAUCGGAAAAGUUUAUAACAAGGUCAAUGGCGGCGUAUCAAUAGCGGAAACUAAGCCGAACGAAGUAAAGCCCUCCAUAAAAUCCCUUGAUGUUGGACAUUACGAUAAAAAUAAGCUUGUCGUUGACACAACAUACAAUGAGGUCAUCAAUGGCGACGUAUUAGUAGCUGAACCUGAGGAUAUCGAAGCAAAGCUCCCCAAAGAAUCCUUUAAUGUUGGGCAUGAUGGAAAGUUUGUCAUUUACUCGACUUAUAAUGAAGUCAUUAAUGACGGUGUAUCAGUAGUGGAAACUAAGCAAAACGAAGCAAAGCUCUCCAGAGAAUACUUUAAUGUUGGGCAUGAUGAUGAUGGAAAGUUUGACAUUGACAUAGCUUAUAAUGAAGUCAUCAAUGGCUGCAUAUCAGUAGCGGAAACUGAGCAAAAUGAAGCAAAGCUCCCCAGAGAAUCCUUCAAUGUUGGGCAGGAUGAUGAUGGAAAGUUUGACAUUAACGCAGCUUAUAAUGAAGUCAUGAAUGACGGCGUAUCAAUAGUGGAAAUGGAGCAAAACGUAGCGAAGCUCCCCAGAGAAUCCUUCAAUGUUGGGCAGGAUGAUGAUGGAAAGUUUGACAUUAACGCAGCUUAUAAUGAAGUCAUGAAUGACGGCGUAUCAAUAGUGGAAAUGGAGCAAAACGUAGCGAAGCUCCCCAGAGAAUCCCUUAAUGUUGGGCAUGACGAUAACAAAAAGUUUGUCACUGACACGACUUACAAUGAGAUCAUCAAUGGCGACGUAUUAGUAGCUGAAGCUGAGCAUAAUGAAGUAAAGCUCCCCACAGAAUCCCUUAAUGUUCGGCAUGAUGAUAAUCAAAAACUUGUCUUUGACACAACUUACAAUGAUGUCACCAAUGGCAGCCUAUCAGUAGCGGAAAUUGAGAAAAAAGAAGCAAAGCUCGCCAGUAAAUCUCUUAAUGUUGGGUAUGAUGAUAAGGGGAACUUCGUCAUUGAUACGACUUGUAAUGAAGUCAUCAAUGAUGGCAUAUCAGUAGCGGAAACUGAGCAAAACAAAGUGAAGCUCCCCACAGAAUCCUUUAAUAUUGAGCAUGAUGGUAACAGAAAGCUUGUCGUUUACACACCUUACAAUGAGGUCAUCAAUGGCGACAUAUUAAUAGUUGAAACUGAGCAUAACGAAGUAAAGCUCCCCGUAGAAUUCUUUAAUAUUGGGCAUGAUGACAAUGAAAAGCUUGUCAAUGACACAGCUUAUAAUGAGGUCACUAAUGGCCGCGUAUCAAUAGCGGAAACUGAGCAAAACGAAGUAAAGCUUCCUACAAACUGCCUUAACAUUGGGCAUGGCGAUAAGAAAAAGCUUGUCGUUAACAAAGCUAAUUACAAGGAGGCCAUCAAUGACAGAAAAUCACUAGUGGAAACUAAACAAAACAAAGCAAAGCUCCCCAUAGAACCUCUUGGUGUUGGGCUCGACGACAAUGAAAAGCUUCAAAAACCAGAAACUAAAGCAGAAAACAAGGUUGGUCAGACAAGUAACCGGAGUAGUAAUGUCAAAGCAACGUAUAAAGACGUAUUAAAUUCGAAAGUGACGUAUAAACAGGCAUUAGAGAGGGGAGCUAGAGAAAAUAUAGAAAAUAAAAAGAUGAAAACAAUGAAAAAAGUGGGAAUCAGACGAUAAAGAAGUUGUGAAGCUGAAUCGAGUGAAAGAAAAUGGCAAUGCAACUAAAGAAUGAAUAUUUGAUUUCUGAAUAGGUUUUUUUUUUAUGAACUGUCCAGUAAAAAAUUCGCCAUUGAACCUCACUCCAAUUUCUGUUUCAUAUGCAUAAGUGCCUGCAAUCGGGGGAAAUAACAAAGACUUCCAGUUUGUUGUCAUCAUGAAUUAUUAUACUGCUAAUGUUAGGUUAUCUUUAUUGUACAUUUUAGCAUAAUUGUCGGGGGAUAGCCAGGUGCAGCUGCUUUUGUAUAUUAUAUAAAGCUUUGGUACCUUUUUUUUUCACGAAUUUCCAGUGUUUGAAAAUUUAUAUAUAUCCCAGAUAUAUUUGUACAUCAUAGUAAGGAUAUGAUGUGUUUAAAUUAUAAUUUUUUUUUUUUUUGAAAAUAUAUUUUUGUUGUUGGAUGCAUAUCUAUAUUUG